AUGAUGAAGAAAGAUGUUGUCGUGAAAGGGGCAACUGUGAGUAACAGCAGCAACAACAACUCCACCAACAACGCCAUCAACUCUCCCUCUUCCUCUUCCAGUUCCUCGCCUGCUUUGGUUCCAUCUCAGUUGUUUGUACAUGAUCUUUCUCUGUACAAAGAGCUCGUAGAAUGUAUUUCAAUUCCCGAAGAUUAUUAUGAAGCCGAAGAGUCGACAACUUGUUCAGAGAAUCAUUAUCCUCCACAACAACAUGAUGCAACACCAUCAUCACUACAUUCAGAUCAAAAAUUAACAAGUAAAAGCAACAAAAACAAGAUUGUCACUAGGGAAGAAAAAGAAAAAUUGGAGCAUAAAAGAGAAGCAAAGAGGCAAGAAACUGAGGCCUUCUUUCAAAAAAUCAAAGAAACCACAACGAAAUUAAGAAACAAGAGGCACGAGGAAUCUGAAAAACGAUUUCAAGAUCUUUGGAAUGACAUUUUGGAAGAAAGAGAAACAUUUUUAAAAGACCUCAACGAGAAACUUGCUUCCUAUCAUGAGGGAGACGAGAGAAAGCGGCAACAAAUAUAUGAGGAAUGGUGCGAGAAGGUCUUUGAUCCAAUUCAAAAUCAAAUUGAUGAACACUUGUCGAAGCUGCCUUUUGAAGAAAUCAAACGAAAGAAGAGAUUAAAGUUUGAGGAGUAUCUCAAUAAGCUCAACCACAAGCAUAAAAAUAAUGGCGGAGUGUUUCGUGAUAUUGUGCUCGAAGAUGAAUAUGAUCCGUUCGAGCUGUCGAAAGAUACGUUCAAAUACAAAACAACUACGAAGAAAAAGAUUGGAGAAGUGCCAUCCAAGCCAUCUUUAGGUCUGAGGAAACAAGACAUGUUGGAUGUGGCUCAGUAUGACAAGUUGGGUGCCACUCCUUUCGGUCACUACUCUAAGAUGAUUCAUCCAAAUUCAAACUCUUCAAAACUUGCCUCAAAGAAAAUGAGAUCGGAUGUAGAGUUUGAUGAUUUCACAAAAGAGGAGAAGAGUCCUUGGGAGAACGCUAGAGGCAAGAAAAUUCUUCAAAAGAUUGAGCAGAAAACCACAGAACAGCUGGCAAAUGGUUUUCAAGAGGAGUCUGGAAAAAGGCAUUCCAAACGAACAACAAUACCCGGAGCUAAAAAGUAA